GGCAGCGUGGAGCCACGCAGCGGCGCACGGGGACCGGGAACCCGGGAGAGGGGACCAGGUCACGGGACUCGGGACCCCGGGAGAGGGGACCAGGCCAGGGGACUCAGGACCCCAAGACAAAGGAGCCAGGACUGCAGGGAAGAAGUGGACCCGAGGAGACGGACGCAGGCCUCCAUGACGGGGACUUGAGACCCCGAGAACAGGGACCCCAGGACCCCAGGGGGUCACCCUUUGGGGGUCGUCCUCCCGCGCUACAGCAGGCAAGGGGUCACGGGCGAGGGAGCCGCCACGGUGAGACGAGUGUUGGGGAGGCAGAGGGGGCCAUGCCCCUCUCGCUGCUGCUGCCGCGCCGCGGGAAGCUGCCGCGACCCCGCUGCGCCACGCUCUGCGCCAUCUGCCUCAUCGCCCUCGCCGCCGUCUCCUUCUACCUGAAGCCGUGCGCCCCGGCCCCGGGGGGACACGAUGGGGCCUCGGCGCGCGAGCCUCGCCACGCCGGGGCCGGAGGAGAUGACGACGGCGGCGGCGGCUGCGGCAAGUCCCGCGGCGAGUCGGCGCCGCAUCUUCAGGCGCCGCUGCCUCAGUCGCAGCCGCGGGUUUCGGCCUUCCUCGCCGUGCUGGUCAUGACGGGGCCUCGCUACACGGAGCGCCGCGAUAUUAUCCGCAGCACGUGGCUGGCGGAGCACGGAGGAGGUGGUGGUGGUGGUGGCGAUGUGAUGGCGCGCUUCGCCGUGGGCACGCACGGCCUGAGCGCCGUGGAGGCGCGCGGACUGGCCGAGGAGCAGGAGCGACACGGCGACCUGCUGCUGCUGCCCGAGCUGCGCGACUCGUACGAGAACCUGACGCGGAAGCUGCUGCACAUGAUGGCGUGGCUGGGGCAGAACGCCGACUUCGAGUUUGUGCUCAAGGUGGACGACGACUCGUUCGUGCGCCUCGACGCGCUCGUGCCGGAGCUGCGUCGCCAGGACGCGCGCCGCCUCUACUGGGGCUUCUUCAACGGCCGCGCGCGCGUCAAGGGCUCCGGCCGCUGGAAGGAGAGCGACUGGGUGCUGUGCGACCACUACCUUCCGUACGCGCUCGGCGGCGGCUACGUGCUGUCGGCAGACCUCGUGCGCUACGUGCGGGACAACGCGCCGAUGCUCAAGCUCUUCCGCAGUGAGGACGCGGCGCUGGGCGCCUGGCUGGCGCCCGUGGACCUGCGCAGGGUCCACGACCCGCGCUUCGACACGGAAUUCCGCUCGCGGGGCUGCAGCGAGCAGUACCUGGUGACGCACAAGCAGAGCACGGAGGACAUGCUGGAGAAGCAGCAGAGCCUGCGGAGGCAUGGACGCCUGUGCAAGCGCGAGUUCCGCACGCGCCUCUCUUACAUCUACGACUGGGCCGUGCCACCCUCGCAGUGCUGCCAGCGCCGAGAGGGGAUACCCUAGCGGGAGGGGUGAGGGGCGUGGGGGAGGACCCCCCCCCCCAACCUCGUCCCCGACUACGGGACUUCGAUGUCGCAUGGGCCGUGGUUUCAUUUCGUACGGCUGCGUCGCUUUUAGAAGUUGUGCCGUCGAGCAGCUCUACGGUGUCGUUUCGGGGUUUUUGGCGCGUGUUGUUCGGCAAGGUGUCAGCUCCGUUCCCGGAGAAGCGGCCGGCAUGUGGAGCGAAACGUCGGACGUCGUGCCGAACGGCGCGCUGCAACGCGGAAAUACGAGAAGUUGUUCAUGGUUUUCCGUCACUGCGAGAGUCUUAGCCACACUAAUCGGGUGCCGGAGGGGAAUAUGUUCGUCCUGGCAACAACAACCCGCGUUUUUUGCUCCUGUCGCUGUGAGGGCCUAGUAUACUCGGUCGACACAAACGGUAUUUUUGUGAUGGUGCAUAACGCCGAGGUUGCUUGCGUGUGUUAACGUGCAGUUGACCGCUAAUGGUAUUUGAAAGUCCAAUUCGGCCCGCGGGAAUCGAAAGCUUUUACGCCCCUGUCUAAAUGCGCUGACCACGCAGAUUUGUGAAAACCUCAAGACCUGAAAGGUCUCCGUGAGGCAGUAACGCAGCGAGUGGACUCAAGAACCCAUCUGUGCAGAACUUUAAGUGUUACUAUUCCCUCGUAUGCGCGAUGGGUUUUUUUUUCCGGUUUCUCCGGAUUCCUAAUUUAAUGUGGAAAUUUUCCACACAUUCCGAUGUAGUCAAACACCCUUGACAAAGUUUCGACACUUAUUGAGGCUUUUUUUGUAUAAAUAAAGCCAUUUUACAGAGCGUCGGCAUUUGGGGAACCUCGGCCUCAAGUUACCUGCUCUUGGAGACUUUGAGAAACACGGGGCCCAUUGUCAGUCCCUUCUCGUCUAGACAGUAUUAGCCUGGAUCACCAGAGGGCCCCCCACAUCCCACAGGCCCCCUCCCCCCCCCCCAUAUUUCCAGACCACACGUGGGAGAACACACAUGGACGAGCGUGGCUUUAUUGUUGUGUCACCGCCCUAGAGCUUGGAUGGCUUCAUGCCCCACAUGCGAGGUGAGGGUUGUUACUUCUUUUGCACUGGCAUAACCGUGCCGUCCUGGGGCUGUGCCAAGCCAGGCCGGUGUGGCGCCGGGAUGUUUUUUUUUCCACUGAGGAUGCCCGAGCCGUGCUGCCGACAUCACACGCGCAGUGGACGAGUCUGUAAGCCCCGCCCAUGUCCCUGCUUUGGCCCCGGAUGUGUUCUCCUGAUGCCAGCUCGGCAUGGUAAGUAGCCGGUGGGAGACCACCUUGUCCCCUAAGUGGCCAUCGGCUUGGAUGGGCCGAUUGAAAGAGCAUAUUUGUGUCAAUGUGUGACCGUUUAACCUGUAACUUGACAUUCUCACAGGGAAUCUCGUCAUCGGAGGUGGUAAUGUGUGCUGUACUGUACUCUGCAAACCCCAUGCUUUGUCUUGUGUAAGGUGAUUCGGUGUGUGUGUAUCCACGAGUUGUAGGCAGCAAUGGCGUAGUGUUUCGUGCACUGCACUGUGAACCCGGUGAUCCGAGUUUGAUUGCCAGCCACGGCUAACAUCAGUUGUGAGUGAUAUCUGAACCAGUCCUGGGCCUCCCUUAGGUCGACUUAACCUUAAAUGUACCUGGUGCAUCGUGUAAAUAUCACCACUGGGUUGACAGACAGGCGUCAUGGUGUUGGCCACACCACCCUCUCGUUAUGCCUUAAUAGGCGCUCACAAACAGCACUUGUCACGGCAGUCUGUAUGGCAAAAGGGGGGCCUUUCUCUUUGUAGUGUGCACGCUAAAGUCGUGGGGUUUUUCAGGCCAGAAUGGAUACCAGUGACCAGUAUUGACGGCAAAUUUAAAGACAUUUCAACUGGAGCUUAAUUUCAAAUGGGUCUGUCUAGGUCAGGGGUCGGUAACCUACGGCUCCGGAGCCGCAUGCGGCUCUUUACAGGCUGCUUCUUGACGAUAUGUACGUAUAGAUGCAUUGCGGCUCUUGAAAUACUGAAUUUUGUACCGAAUUGGAAAGAAAUGGCUCUUCUUGUUAUUUUGGUUGCCGACCCCUGGUCUAGGUCAACGACUUGGAAAAUACCUCUGCGCCCGGCACACCACAUCCAGUGUGCCUCUCACUAUGGCUGUGGCUACUACUCUUCACGUAGGACCCUACUGCAGUCUACCAGUGGUAGAAUUUAAGGCGAGCGUUGCAGCUGUUAGAUUAUGGCGAUACGGACACGACUACGAUACAUCUUGCGAGAAUAGAUACGCGAUAAUUGUACCGCCUGUUUUUUUGCGUGCAAAAUAUUGCGAGGUAGUGAUUAUCUUCACUGUAUUGUUAAAUACUUAACAUUUCCUGACAUUUUAUUAUAGUUCUAAAUAAUUAAUAUUUAUCAACGGUUAAAGUGGCGCUUUGACAAAUUGUUUACUGGAGAAAUUGUACGCCUGGGUCGGUUACAUUAUGACCUGGUCAUUGUUGUAAUUUGUAUAAUUAUUUGUGCAUCAGCAUUAGAUGUAAUAAAAACGACAGUAUUUAUGUUCUCAUAUCCGGUGCUUCUAAUAGAUAAUUACAAAGCGCCAUACGUGUGAACAUUUCAACGCUCCAUAAAAACAUGAAAUUGAAAGUGCCAUAUGAAACGUAAAAUUAUGGUGAAGAGGUUGUAACUGGGGGUAGAUGUUGUAAAGUCGUUAGAGGAGUUAAGUCGGGCACGUGUUGAGUGACCUGUACUUAAAGAAAUUUAAAUUUAAAUAUCUUCUUACUAGAAGCAAAGCAAAAAAACACAUUACAAACGCUAAAUACAAUUCAUUGCAACGUUUUUGGGAAACUGAUUUCCCGGUAGUCACUGUAACGUGAAACAUUUUUAUCGUUUCGUGAAGAUUGAUAACUCGGCAACCCCCCCACGUACAACACCCCCACCCACUUGUGACGCCAUCCAGUAUUUCCGCGUGAUGUGUCUCAAGGUAACCACGUGCGUGCGUCGCGGUUGUGCUGCUGCUGUGCAGGGCUCUCCGGUGUGCCUUCCGCGUUGUGCCGUGCGUGUCUUCCGCCCGCGGACAACGUCUGACGGUCUCCCUCCACGUGCCGGGAGUUUCUUCAGUAGCCGAAUUCGCCGAGUGAGUGCGAGAGCGUCGUGGGUGCGUGAUUGAGUUUGUUAGGUGCGUUAGUGAGGGAUUGAUGGAGCAAUUGAGCGGUUGGGUGAGUUAAAGAGGAGGGGGCUUGAUGAAGUGACUGGAUAAAUGGAUUGAUGGAGUGGUUGAAUGCGGGAAUGGUUGAAUGGAUGGGAUCGAGCGAGUAAGUGAACCGAAUUAAGUUCCUGAAGAAACUCCCGGUGCGGGGAGCGAAACGUCGGACAUCACGCCGAGCAACGCGCGGGCGCAGCCCGUGGACACGUGGGAGAGAUUCGUUUUAAACUCCUCGCUCCGAUUGUUCCAUAUGAUGUGCAAUCAUUCCGCAGUGCUCGUGUAAAGCUGCGUGGACGAGUGUGAAGAUGUCGGCGUCAGGAUCUGACAGGUUUACAUAGUGUCUCUCGUCGUUUUAUCAUAAAAUAAAAUAACGCUGGAUGGAACGGU